AUGUCCUUCCUCCCAGCUCAGCUCAACUUGCCCGCCUCGCCUCCUGUUGCACUUGAUCCUCCAACACUGACCUGUCUAUCUCGACAAUCUAUUUACUUCUUUCAAGUUUGCAAUCGCCAAGCUCAUUCAGUGGUGCCAAUUGUUGACACACUCGCUGGGGAAUCCUUCUUAGCUCUCUUGAAGACUUCUUUGAAGCUGAUUGCCAUGGAAGAUGCGCCGGCGGACUCGGAGCAGUCAACGUCCCAGCAGUUAAGCCCAGCCAUGAAACGCGCUGUCGAGGCGAUUGUCGAACAAGCCACGUCGGCACUCCGAACCGAACAUCAAGAAGCUCUGCUCGAUGCUCGGAUUGAUUUUGAGCAAGUCGAGGAACAACUGACCAAACGAAUCGAUGAACUUUCAGCUCAGGUGGCCCGACUCGAAAACCAACAGCGGGGUUCGACUGUUAGUAGUGCUAGUACUAUUGCUCCCCGCAGGCCAUCUCCAUCUGAAUCAGGAACCAGCACUAGUACGCGUCGUGUUCGUCGUCGUCCUGCCUGAUCUGGCCCGAUUCUCUGCCGUGUAUAUAGAUAUCUCUCCUCCUUUCCAUCU